CUGGGCUAUCGAGACGCCUACAGCACAGCUGUAGCCAAAAAUGUGAUUGUUGUGGCUCUUGGCCUCAUCAUCAACUAUAUCAAUGGUACUCUGAUUCACACCUUCAGAAAACAUCAGAUAUUUUAUGUGAAUCCCCGUUACAUCCUAUUUAUCCACCUGGUGGUGAACGACAUGAUCCAGCUGACUUCAACUAUCAGCUUGUUUGUCUUCAGUUACGUCUUCUACAGAAUCAAUGCUUCUUUAUGUUGCCUUAUUGUUACCUUAUCUAUCUUCACCACCCUCAACACUCCAUUAAAUUUGGCUGUCAUGGCAGUGGAGUGCUACAUUGCUAUUUGUUUACCACUGCGACACGCUGAGCUCUGCACCAUCAAAAGAACUUAUGUUCUGAUUGGUUGGAUUUGGGUCAUGAGUUCAGCCUCAGCCCUGCCAGAUUUGUUCAUUCUACUGGCAACAGAGCCUGUACAGUUAUUUUAUUCCACAAUGUUCUGCAAAGAUGAAAAUCUGUUUCGACAUCCUAUACACUUAAAAAAGAGGGAUGUUUCUUACAUGAUUUACCUAACUGGUGUUUGGCUCACUCUCCUCUACACCUACAUCAUGAUCUUCUUAGCUGCUAAAACAGCUAAAACAGCUAAAUCAGCUAAAGGAGACACAAAGAAGGCCAGGAAUACAAUCCUUCUCCAUGGAUUUCAGCUACUGUUGUGUAUGCUAACCUAUAUAGCCCCUGCAUUGAAAAAGGCUCUGCUGAACUGGUUUCCUAAACAUCGUGUACAAAUACUCUUUGCUUCCUAUAUCAUUGUCCAGAUCCUUCCUAGGCUUCUCAGUCCUAUUGUGUACGGACUACGAGACAAGACAUUCAGACAGCAUUUGAAAAAGUAUCUGCUAUGUACAGCGAGCACAAGCAUUAAACCACUGACUGCAGCAAAAGUCAUGUUACUCUAUUAA